AGUUUCAUUAAAAAAUUAAUAAUAUUUAAAUUAGAUCAAAAUGCUGCUUCUACUAUUCCUGACAAUAAUUGGGACGGUUUACUCUGAAAACUGUUCGUAUAUAUACAACGGAUCGCCAUAUGAUAGAACAGCAGUUUUAACCAUAAAAGGAUUACCAACGAAUCUAGUGAUUAAUCCAGUUAAUGAUGAUCUUCACUUUACAUUAAUAGACCUAGACAGUCUACAGAAUGACAGGGUUCAAACUAAAAUGGACCAAUACGUUUUCAGCCAAGGCCAGCCAAUCAAAAUUGAUAAUGUAAACGGACAAGCAGCUGCAGUAGACGUAAAGAAUAAGAAGACUUACAUAGCCAGUGACGAUGGACUUUAUUACUUAGAUGAAGGCAAUAAAGCUCAAUUUCAAAGUCUCAAAGACGAUGAUAUAGUUCAGCUCUUUAAACCGCCAAGCGACGAUAAGUUAUACGCAGUUUUGUUCCCAGAAAACGAAGUAUUUGUAAUUGAUAUUAAAAAGAAUGAAAAGAAGAAAGUUGAGAAUGUUCCCUGCGCUUUCAUUCUAGCAGUUGAUGCUCAAGAGAAUAUUUAUUACGAAUGUGAUUCUAAGUAUGUGAAAGUUAUUCUGAAAGGCUUUCAGGAACCGAUAGAGUUUGUGGGGAUAGCUAAGAAUUCUGCUAGGGCUAUAGCCGUGGAUUCGUACAACCGAGUCGUUUUGGCAACCAACGAUGGUCUGUAUUGGGUGAGGCCUGACAAUAUUAUCCCAACCAAAUUCAUGGAUCUGGACUUUGUGCCAUCUGGUUUGGCUUUUGACUAUGAUGAUAUCUAUGUUGCUGCUAGCGGGGUUAUUUACAAGUACAGUGCUGGUGGUUGUAAAUGAAUAAUUAAUGAUUUUGUAUAAGUAAAUGUUGUUGAAUUUUGA